UUUACCGACACAAAUACGUACAACCCAUUCAUAUGUUACACUAAUACAUUGCCCACCUAGCUCGAUCGUUCCUGUUCCUGUUAUUGAUUCUUGAAGACUAAAAAAGAGUUCGGGGGGGAAGAGGUGAGAUCUGAUCUCAUUUCUUUUCCCUUUUCUGGGUGUUUUCUUCUUCUUCUUCUUAAUUUCUUUCCUUCCCUUAAAUACUCACUCAGUACUCCUCUGUCUCUCCGCUAUCUGUCCGUGUGUAUCCAUCAUAUCUAAGGGUACUUCUUGUGCUCUAGUUUUGAAGAGGCCAGGGUGGGGGGGAAAAGUGAAGCUUGUGACAGUAGAGCUCCACCUCAUCCUCUCAGCAACACCCCCUCUUCUUCUUGCGUAAUCCCUCAGCAAUACACUUUUCCAUUUCCACUUCCAUUCCCAAAUCCAGUGCCUGGAUCAGGAGCCCAUUCUCGAUCUCUUCCUUUUCUCUCUCCUAUAUAUAUUCACUGAAAAUACGCAGAGAAAACAAAAACAUCGAGAAAGACAUAGAAGAUCAGAUUGGAAGCAACCCAAUCUAGAGAGAGAGAGAGAGAGAGAGAGAGAGGGAGAGAGGCUCCCUUGUAUACAAAUCCAUCAGAAUCGCCAGUAUUAAAUCCUCGUACAAUCCCCAUUGCCUCUCCAAAUUUCUCUCAGUAAUUUGUUUGCUCUAUCUCUCUCUCUGCUGGAGAGAGAUAUAUAUACCGAGAGAGAGGGGUAGAGAGAGAGAGAUGGCUACAUCGACGACGACCCUUUUCAGAGAUUCGUAUGAAGAAGGGGGGAGGGAUGACGUCACAGAGCAGAUAGGUCUAAUAUGGCAACAGAUUAAGGCGCCGGUGAUCGUCCCCCUCCUCAGGAUGCUCGUCUUCCUGUGCCUGGUAAUGUCGGUAAUGCUGUUCGUGGAGAAGGUGUACAUGGCCAUCGUCAUUGUUCUUGUCAAGCUCUUCGGCAAGAAGCCCGAGAAGCGUUACCGUUGGGAGCCCAUCACCGACGAUCUCGAGAUCGGCAGCUCCGCUAAUUAUCCUAUGGUCCUCGUCCAAAUCCCCAUGUUCAACGAAAAAGAGGUCUAUCAACUCUCUAUUGGAGCUGCUUGUGGCCUCUCCUGGCCGUCCGAUCGAGUCAUUAUCCAAGUGCUCGACGAUUCCACCGAUCCAACCAUCAAGGAUAUGGUGGAAAUGGAGUGCCAAAGGUGGGCGAGCAAAGGGAUUAACAUAAAAUACGAGAUCAGGGGUAACAGGAAUGGCUACAAGGCCGGAGCCCUGAAGCAAGGCAUGAAACAUAGUUAUGUGAACCACUGCGACUACGUCGUCAUUUUUGAUGCAGACUUCCAGCCCGAACACGACUUCCUCAUCCGCAGCAUCCCUUUCCUCAUCCACAACCCUCAAGUCGGCCUUGUUCAAGCUCGCUGGAAAUUCGUGAAUUCAGAUGAGUGUUUGAUGACAAGGAUGCAGGAGAUGUCCCUCGAUUACCACUUCACAGUUGAACAAGAGGUUGGAUCCUCCACCUAUGCCUUUUUCGGCUUCAACGGGACUGCUGGGGUUUGGCGGAUUGCAGCUCUCAAUGAAGCAGGAGGUUGGAAGGAUCGAACUACAGUAGAGGACAUGGAUUUGGCUGUUCGAGCAAGCCUCAAAGGCUGGAAAUUUGUCUUCCUUGGAGACCUAAAGGUUAAGAAUGAACUACCGAGCACCCUCAAGGCAUACCGCUAUCAGCAGCAUAGGUGGUCAUGUGGACCUGCAAAUUUGUUUAGAAAGAUGGUGAUGGAGAUUGCUAGGAAUAAGAAAGUGUCCUUAUUGAAGAAAGUUCAUGUGAUCUACAAUUUCUUCUUUGUUCGGAAGAUUGUGGCUCAUAUUGUAACUUUUGUUUUCUACUGCAUUGUAAUCCCUGCAACUGUAUUGGUGCCUGAAGUUGUUAUACCAAAGUGGGGCGCAAUCUAUAUACCUUCCAUCAUUACCCUUCUUAAUGCUGUUGGAACUCCAAGAUCUCUCCACUUGCUGGUAUUUUGGAUCCUUUUUGAGAAUGUCAUGUCCUUGCACAGAACAAAGGCGACAUUCAUUGGCUUGUUAGAGGCAGGGAGAGUAAAUGAAUGGGUGGUCACCGAGAAGCUAGGAGAUGCUCUAAAAAACAAAGCAAGUAUCAAAGCAGCUAGGAAACCGCGAAUCAGAAUAGGUGAAAGAUUACAUGUGCUGGAGCUUGGCGUUGGAGCCUAUCUCUUCUUCUGUGGAUGCUAUGAUGUUGCCUUCGGAAAGAACCAUUACUUCAUUUACCUAUAUGUUCAAGCCGUUGCUUUCUUCAUCGUUGGUUUCGGAUACGUGGGAACUUUCGUUCCCAACUCCUGAGAUACUUUGAUUGGACACAGUGGCAGGUGCUGAACCCUUAUUAGAUGUGAUUCAAUUGUAGGCUGCUAUAUAUCUUCCGAAGACAUACAUAAAAGUUAGCUGCUGCACCCAAUUGUUUGUUGCUUACUAUAGGUGCUGUUCUUGUAAUUAGGAGGAUAAGUACUGUUUUUUUUUUUACUUGGUCUCUGGGAGACUUUUAUUGUGAAUACUCAGCCACUCGCAGUAUAAGAAUUGUUCUUUAUAGCAAUCCAUUAGUAGAUACAGAGGACACGAGUGAUGGAAACAUACCAAGAUUUGUGUUUCCCAGCGGCAGCAGCGGCAGCGGCGGCGGCGGCAUUUUUUGUUCUCAAGUUCAUCAUGUGUAAACAAACGCUCUAAACAGACGGUGAGCGUGGGACUUCUCCUAGUUUCUUACAUUCUUUUGUUUGCAAGGUUCUGUUUGAUACAAGGUCAAUAAAACAUAUAGCUGGAGAGACAUAAUGAUAUUUUGGUUGUUUUUUUACCUAAAAAAAAUGCUGUCACCUUUGUAAUAAUGAUGAUGAAAUUUUAUAUCC